AUGGAACAAAAAUACAUUUUUUACGUUCCACAGACUCCAUUAACCACUGAGCAGAAAAAACUUUUCUUAGACGAAAAGAAGAGUAUGAAUAAAGCCAUGAACAACAUAAAAUUUAUCCUGAAUGAUUAUACGCCUUGGGUAUCAUAUUUUAUGGCCUUUGUUAUACUUAGAGGAUAUGAAUACUCACUUUAUAUAAAAAAACCACGAAAUACUGGACUUGAAGUGGUGAUCAUGAUGAUGUUUGCAAUAGGACCAUUGUUUAAAGUCAUAUCAUGGGCAUUUGAUCAGUAUUGCAAUUUAUACGGAUAUGAUACAGAAGAAGAGAAUCAGCAAGUAAAUGACGAAGUUAUUGAAGGUAAUGAGAAUGAGGAAAUACAGAAAGGAUGGGCGUGUCCUGAUUUAUUCAAAGGAUUGCCAAUUGUGGCACUGAACAUAGCUUCAUGUGUAGUUCUGGUUACUAUGGGCAUCCUAUAUCUUGUUGGAGAUGAGUCUGCCAAAUAUUUUACUUCUGAUGCUAGCGAUGCAGCUGUUCAAAUUAUUUGUAUGUCUAGUUAUUCUUGUCUGAUGACUAGGAAAAUGCCACUGUGGGGAAGAUUAGUUACGUAUUUCUUAAUGUUGGUGGGCAUAUUAAUCCUGUGUGAAGAAGUUAUUAACUGCGUAGCUAGAUUAAAUCUAUUAUUCGGUGGUGCUGCACUGCCUCAGCCUAUCUGA